AUGCAGGACUCAACCACGGCCCUUGCUAUGGACGGUUACACCAGCAGCGUGCCAGCCUUCCUUACUAAGUUGUGGACUCUGGUUGAAGAUCCCGAGACCAACCACCUUAUCUGCUGGAAUACGAAUGGCACCAGCUUCCAUGUUUUCGAUCAGAGCCAGUUUGCCAAGGAAGUCCUGCCCAAAUAUUUCAAGCACAACAACAUGGCCAGUUUUGUCCGCCAGCUGAAUAUGUAUGGGUUUAGGAAAGUGGUAAACAUCGAACAAGGUGGACUUGUGAAACCCGAACGUGAUGAUACCGAAUUCCAACAUCUUUAUUUCCUACAAGGCCACGAACAUCUUUUGGAGCUGAUCAAAAGGAAGGUCUCUGUGGUGAAAAGUGAAGAGACCAAGAUGCGCCAAGAAGACCUCAGCAGGCUCUUGUAUGAGAUCCAAGUCCUCCGGAACCAGCAGGAGAUGAUGGAGUGUCAAGUUCAGGAUGUGAAACAGCAGAAUGAGGUUUUGUGGAAAGAAGUUCUGUGUCUCCGGCAAAACCAUUUGCAGCAUCAGAAAGUGAUCAAUAAGCUGAUUCAGUUUCUAUUUGGCCAGCUCCAGUCCAGGCCCAACAGCCCUGGGAUAAAGAGAAAACGGCCUCUCAUGUUGGAUGACGGGAACUCUGCCCCACAGGUGGCCAAAUUCAGAAGACCUCUGCCUUUGGAUCCCUUUCACGAGCCUUGCUACAUUCAGCCUCCACCCGCAGAGCCGGCCUCGUGUUUAAACAGCCCUGUUCCGAGAGGAGCCAUCAUUUCUGAUGUUUCCGAAGCCGCCCAGCCCAGUCCGGUGGCUUUACAGCUCCCUCCCGACAGUGAGAGAACAGUCAUACCUGAUCUCUGGGACGGGGCUGAUCUGAAUUUGGAAGGCUUUCAGAUCUUUCUAAGAAACCCGCAAUACAGUCUGGAAACCAACAGAUCUCUGGAGGCUUUUAAUCCCAUGAUCCCGUCGAGUGAGUGGGCUUUAAAUGACGUGGAGGCUGAUUUGUCUGAUUAUUAUUUUUUGCACCAGUCUGCAGAUGCUCACUGUGGAACAGCUGGAGAAGAGCAAAAAUAA